AUGUUUUCAUCAAUUCGUCUUCAAUGUUAUCGUAUUCUUAGUUCACCAGCAGUUCGUUAUGCCUCAUCAAAAAAGAAGCAAGUUUCUCUUUCAUCAGCACCUGUUAUUAAUCAUAAUUGGUUUGAUAUGGCAUCGGAAAUUUGCCCAACGGAUACAUCGAAUUUAUCGUCCGUGCCUGAUUCUUCAUUUAAUAAACGUAUUAUUCAAUAUUUAUCUGAUUCAAUAAAAACUCCUCUAUCAACUCAUGUCAAUCAACAUUUAUUAGAUUCUUUUCAAACAUGGUCACCAAACGAAUUUUAUGAGUUAAUAACAGUCCUCGGUUCUUAUGGUUUACAGCCAGAUGAUGUUCUACGUCUAUUAGUUAAUCUUCCAUCGUCGGAUAAAUCGAUUGUAACAAUUGAAAAUCUCAAACAAUGUUUCGAAAAUCUUUUAAAAUUACAAUUUGAUACAACAACACGUUCGAUAUUAAUUUCCAAUGAUCCCGAUCUAAUUCAAUAUGAUUUAUCUUACCUACGUGAACGUUUAGAUGUUCUACUAUGUUAUUUCACAAAACGUGAAAUCUACAAAUUAGUCCGAACGCAUAAAAAAUUAUUUAGCGAAAAUUGGACUGAUCUUGAUUAUAAAAUAAACUAUUUACGAAUAAUGUUAUUUGCCUCGACACGUGACAUUGUUGAAUCAGGUGCAUUGGCACAUACAAUCGACCAUAUCCGACAAAGAUAUUUAUUUGUUUAUCGUGCUGGUCUUUUUAAACGAGUUCGACGCGAAGAACAAUAUGUGUCACAACGUGAUUUAAAUAUUCAUUUAAUUGAUGUAUUCAGUACGAGUUUAACAACAUUUUUAAAACGUACAACGAACAAUCUUCUGAGACAAGAUGAUUAUCAAGCAUUUAUUGAUUCACUUAAAUAUGAAACAUUUGACAAUGAAUUCGAACGAUAUUUAACAUUGGAUAAAAAUCGAAAGAAUUGGUCAAGAGCAGACGUAGUUAUUGAAAAGAGAGAAAGACGUCGGUGGAUGAGUGAAUUUGAUAUGUAUAACAAUAUUGAUGAUGAAGACGAUGGUGAUGAUGAUGAUGACGAUGAAACAAGUUUAACGAUAAUAAAUGAGAAAUCUUUAGCUCCAAAAAAUGACGAAGAAAAACCUAGCUCAUGGCAUACAUUAAGUGAUUUUGGCCGGGAUCGGCAUCGAAAUAGAAAAAUUGCGCAGAAUUCUGAUCCUAAUAUUCGACUGUAA